CUUCCUUAUUUGUAAGCACAACAACACAAAGAGCUCGUCUUUACAUGACAUAACAAGACAUAAAGUGUGAUAAUAUGGCAAAAACAUUACAAGUCCUAGAUACAGAAUACAGUGCAGACUCGGUAGAAUGGUGUCCACAUGAUGGUUAUCAAGAUAUUUUACUGUGUGGUACAUACCAGUUAGACCAGUCUAAAGAUACACAGGAAGAUAGUUCUGCACCACAGACAAGGUUAGGAAAAUUACAUACCUAUAAACUUAAACAAGAACAAGAAAACCAGAGCCUUGAACAUGUACAGACCACAGAUAUGCCAGGAAUAUUGGAUAUAAAAUGGUGUCCAUCAUUUAUAGAUUCUCAAUCAUUAUUUGGUCUUGUCAAUUCUAUAGGACAGCUUCAGAUCUAUCAGUUAAAUGAAGAUCAUAAAACAGACUUUGUCACAUCCACAGAAUUAGGCGAACAAGUGUUAGGGUUGUCAUUAGAUUGGGCAAACAGAGUCCAUAAUAGUUCAGAUCCAGAAAUAAGUUGUUCUAGUUCAGAUGGUCACAUCAGUAUAUGUAAAUUUCAUCAAGGUCAACUGAAAUGUACAUCUAAUUGGAAAGCACAUGAUUUUGAAGCUUGGAUAACUGCUUUUAAUUACUGGAAUACAAAUAUUGUAUACAGUGGUGGUGAUGACUGUAAAUUAAAGGGCUGGGAUUGUAGACAGACCACAUCAUCUCCAAUAUUUGUAAGUAAAAGACAUAGUAUGGGUGUAUGUAGUAUACAGUGUCAUCCGUUUAAAGAAAAUGUGCUCAGUACUGGGAGCUAUGAUGAGAACUUAUUUAUAUGGGAUACGAGAAAUAUGAGAUCUCCACUGGCAGAGACAAAACUUGGGGGAGGAGUGUGGAGAAUUAAAUGGGAUUCACAGAAGUCUGACUACAUUCUUACAGCUACAAUGUAUAAUGGAUUCCAUGUGAUAGAUGCUUCUGAAUUUUCUGAUGGAAAGCUUUCUGUUGUAUGUCAUUAUGACAAACAAGAGUCUAUAGGAUAUGGUGCUGAUAUUUGCUACAAACAUUCUGUUGAUUCAGAUAGACAAGAUACUAAGAUUGGAGAUAAUUCAUCACUUAAUUUCAAUAGGACAAUAGCCACAUGUUCAUUCUAUGAUCAUGUUUUACAUUUGUGGAAUUUUUCAACAUCAGAAAAGUCUCAAAAUAAAGAAAAUAAAGAUUAAUGUCUUAU